AUGGGGAAAGAUGAAGACAUUCAUCAAGGUGGAGGCAAUGUAUUUUCAAGUUUAGGAUUUAAGAGUUGGCAAAAAAAGAAGAGAUUCGGUAUUCAUGUUGGUAAGUCGAGCAGUAUUCAUAAUCAUGCAAAAAGGAAAUGUAAAGAUCUCUUAAAACAAAAACAGUCAAUUCAAACUUCAUUUGAUAGGCAAUCCAGUCAAACCAAGCUCGAAUACAAAAUUCGCUUGAAGGCUUCAAUUGAGGUUGUUAGAAAUUUGGAUAUUACUGCUAUGGAUGGUCCGAUACUGAAUAAACGAGUAUCUCCUGUGAGACUCCUAUUGACUCAAGGGUUGGAAUUUCGUGGACAUCGUGAAGAUGAAUUAUCAUUAAACAAGGGUAACUUUCUUGAGAUUCUUUCAUGGUAUGCAGAGAGGUGCGAUAAAAUUUGUGAUCUUGUGUUGAAAAAGGCUCCAAAGAAUGAUCAGUUGACCUCUCAUAAAAUUCAAAAAGACAUUAUCAUUGCAUGUAAAAUUGAAACAGUUAAAGCAAUUAUGGACGAUCUAAAUGGAGACUUUUUUGCAUUGCUAGUUGAUGAAUCAUGUGAUGUAUUACGCAAAGAGCAAUUACCUAUUGUCUUGCGAUAUGUUAAUAGAUGUGGAUCUAUGGUGGAGCAUUUUAUUGCGAUCGUUCAUGUUCGUAAUACUAGUACUUUAUGUUUAAAGGAAGUAAUUGUUGAUUACCUUGCUCAACAUUCUUUGAGUUUAUCUUAUGUGCAUGGGCAGUGCUAUGAUGGAGCAAGCAACAUGCAAGGGGAUUUACGUGGCCUCAAAACUUUGAUUCAACAAGAAAGUAAAUCUUCUUAUUUCAUUCAUUGUUUUGCACACCAACUUCAAUUGACUCUUGUUGCGGUAUCCAAAAAGUGUCUUGAAAUGGGAGAACUUGUAUUGUUGGUUUCUAAUGUAUUAAAUAUAGUGGGAGGUUCUUUUAAAUGUAUGGAUGAUCUUCGAGAAUCUCAAGCAGAAAAAGUUCAAGAGGCAUUAGACAUGGGUGAACUUGAAACUGAUAAGGGUUUGAAUCAAGAACUUGGUCUUGCCAGAGCUGCCGAUACUCGUUGGGGUUCGCACUACAAAUCUUUUAAGAACUUUAUUUCUAUGUUUGGCUCAAUUAUUAAUGUUCUUGAUACUAUCGUUGUUGAUGCCCGAGCUUUAGAAGAAAGAGCUAAGGCAAAGGGAUAUCUUAACACUUGUCAAACAUUUGAGGUUGCUUUCAUGUUGCACCUAAUGAGAGACGUUUUGGGGAUCACAAAUGAGCUUAAUACAUCCUUACAAAAAAAGGAGCAAGAUAUUGCAAAUGCUAUUCUACUUGUUGAAGUGGCAAAGAAACGGUUGCAAAAGCUAAGAGAAGAAGAAUGUGAUUCACUUAUUGAUAAGGUUUCUGCAUUUUGUGUCAAGUAUAAUAUUUUGAUACCAAACUUUGAUGACUUCUAUGUUAACUCCGGAAGAUCUCGACGUAAAGUUGCUAAUUAUACUAUUUUACAUCACUAUCGUGUUGGUAUAUUUUUUAAGAUUAUUGAUUGGCAAGUUCAAGAACUCAAUGCUCGUUUUAAUGAGGUGACAAUGAACUUGCUUGUUGGAGUAGCUUGCUUAAAUCCAGUUGAUUCAUUUUCUAAUUUUGACAUAAACAAGAUAUUGAUAAUGGCUGAAUUGUAUCCUGAUGAUUUUGAUGAGAAUAUAAUGGUUACACUCAAGAAUCAACUUGAAACUUAUAUUGUUGAUGUUCGUGAUGUUGAUGAAAGGUUCUCAAAUCUACAAGGACUUGUUGAUCUUUCUGAAACACUAGUUAAGACAAAGAAGCAUUUGAAUUAUCCAUUUGUGUUUCGCCUUGUGAAAUUUGCUUUGCUUCUACCAGUUGCCACUGCUACAGUUGAAAGAACUUUCUCGGCGAUCAAGUUGAUCAAGAGUGAAUUGCGAAACCGAAUGAAUGACGAAUUCAUGAGCGGUUGUUUGGUACCUUAUGUAGAAAGAAAAAUAUUUAACACCAUUUCUGAUGAGACUAUUAUGAAUACGUUUCAGGAAAUGAAAACUCGUAGAGGACAGUUGUAA